GAGCCGCUUCCCGGCCGGUCUGCGCGCCGCCGCGGCUCCGAGAUGCAAGGCCGGCGGGAGCGGGGGCCACAGUCGUGGGGCGACCGCGCGGGGCCAGCGGGCGACGGUUCCCUCCGAGAGGCUCCGGGGAGGCGGAGCGGUGACGACGUGGGAUGGGCGAGGACCCGCGCCAGCCUCCUCCUGCGCGACGGGAAAGCUGGCGUCCCCAGGCCCGGCGAGGGCUCCGCCUGCACCGCCGGCCGCCGGGACCCCGGGGAACACAGCACCUGGGGGGAGUUCGAAGGCUUCCGGGAACCUUCUGCCGAGUCCGGGCAGUCCUCCCAGUCCCUGCAGCUCCUGCAGGGACCCACAGAGCCUCAGCCACCGAGAACCGCUUCUGCCCCGGAGCAGUGCGGUUCCCACCGGCUGUACCAGGGCGGCCCUUGGAUGACAGGAGCCGCUGUCGUCCCACCUUCCGAGCCCAUUCUCAGCUAUGAGGACAUUUUUAAGUUUGCUUUUCAAGAAGUACCAGUCCCACAGGCAACUGAAGAUGUUUCCACCUUACACCACUUUCUAGAAAUAAGCAGUGAAGAAAAGACUGGCCUUGAAUCUGUACAUAAAUUUUGCUCUGAGUCCAGAGCCCUGUGGAGAGCCCUUCAGAACACGAACACCACGUCUGCUUCCUGCUGCCUCUGGAGUGGGUCCCGCUGCCAGGAGAACUACUUUCUCGUUCUCGGAGUAGAUGCUGCUCGGAAGGGUUUCUCUCCCCAGAGCCUUUCUGCGGACCAGGGCCACGUCGAGGCUUCCGACCUCAAAGAGCCUGAAGGACUCCUUGCUGUCAGCAGCUUCCGUCUCCACCGCUGCAAAGCCCUGAUCCAGACCAAGCUCUCAGGACCACCCAGCAGCAGACAGGGGGGCCUCAUCACGUACAGCCUCUUCCUGAAGACCCCCUCGUGUGGAAACGGACAAUACAUCACCAUUCCAAGGAAGAAGAAGAUUUUCACUCCACGAAACCUAAAAAUGACAUUCUUUAAUAGUGAUGUUUGCUAAAAAUGAGUACUUUGUAACUUUAUGAAGAAUUUUACAUUUUCUUACUCGUUUGGUUUGGUCCUGGAAACCAGGACUAUUGUGCAGCUGCUUCCCAAGUCCCAAGUCAGCGUCCUGGGCUGUGCCCAAGGCUGGCCUCGGGGCUAGCCAGGACACCACGGGCUCCCGCCCCGUGGGGGAGCCGCAGGCAGCUGGUGGGGGUGCCUGGGGCUGGGCACCUCAGUCAGACCCGUGAGUGCAGAGAGGAGGAUGUUGAGGUGUCACUGGGGAGACGGCCACAGAGCACUCAGAAGCCCUUCUGUCCGUCACACUCUGCCCUUGCCCACGUCCCUGCCCCACAGCCUCAGGACAGGCCUCUCUCCCGCGUGGGCGAGAGGCUGUGCAGCACGACAGCACGGGCCGAGGAGCCUGACGGCCACAGGCUUGCCCUGAGUAUCUGCCGAGGAAACUGUUCUCUUCCAAGGGCAGAGCCAAGCAGUCAGCACUCACUUUUGUAAAAUUUUACUAAAUAAAAUGGCCUGGAUACGCUU